UUCCGGCGUGAGCGGCGAAAGCCGGGAGGGCAAGCGAGAGUGCAAGCAGGCAUCCAGCAGCAGGCAGCAGGCGGGCGGGUGGGCAUACAGCACAGAGGGAGGGAGAGCGCGAGGGAGUGAGCAGUCUGUGAGCCAGCGAGGGCAGCCGCGUCCCGAGAGCAGCCGAGAUUCCUCCCGUUCCUCUGACCCCCUCCCCGGAGCCCACAGCGCCUCCGGUCUCCAGCGGAGCGGACACGGCCCUGCCCGGCCAUGGCCUCGUUGCUGAAGGUGGAUCAGGAAGUGAAGCUCAAGGUUGAUUCUUUCAGGGAGCGCAUCACAAGUGAGGCAGAAGACUUGGUGGCAAAUUUUUUCCCAAAGAAGUUGUUAGAACUUGAUAGUUUUUUGAAGGAACCAAUCCUAAACAUUCAUGACCUAACUCAGAUCCACUCAGACAUGAAUCUCCCAGUCCCUGACCCCAUUCUUCUCACCAAUAGCCACGAUGGACUGGACGGUCCCACUUACAAAAAGCGAAGGUUGGAUGAGUGUGAAGAGGCCUUUCAAGGAACCAAGGUGUUUGUGAUGCCCAAUGGGAUGCUAAAAAGCAACCAGCAGCUGGUGGACAUUAUUGAGAAAGUGAAACCUGAGAUCCGGCUGCUGAUUGAGAAAUGCAACACGGUCAAAAUGUGGGUACAGCUUCUGAUUCCUAGGAUAGAAGAUGGGAACAACUUUGGGGUGUCCAUUCAGGAGGAGACAGUUGCAGAAUUAAGGACUGUUGAGAGUGAAGCUGCAUCUUAUCUGGACCAGAUUUCUAGAUAUUAUAUUACAAGAGCCAAAUUGGUUUCUAAAAUAGCUAAAUAUCCACAUGUGGAGGACUAUCGCCGAACCGUGACCGAGAUUGAUGAGAAAGAAUAUAUCAGCCUUCGCCUCAUCAUAUCAGAACUAAGGAAUCAAUAUGUCACCCUACAUGACAUGAUCCUGAAAAAUAUUGAGAAGAUCAAACGGCCCCGGAGCAGCAAUGCAGAGACACUGUACUGAGACCAGGGCCAGGGCCAGGGGACUCUGUGAGUCUGGCUCAAGACCGACAUUGCCUUGGUUUGUUACAAGACUAUCGUGAUGGGGAAACUGGCUGGAAAUAGUAAUCACACCUCUCUCUGUUUUUAGUUAGAGUCUAAUGAAACUCUCAUGUAGUUCUGUGACGUGUUUACCUCUUUUUUCAGGCCUCAGGAACUCUUCUAUUUCCUUCCCUAAUACCCCAUACCCAAUCUGUCCUAAUUUCUGGAGAACUCCAGGUUUGUGUGUGCAGGAUAUUGGCACAAGAAUACUUGUGUUUUCUUUCCCCGCCCCCCUCCCCCUUCUGUGUCUUGGGCUUUGUAUUUUUUCCUUUUGAUGAUUAGUUGGUUAGGAGCUGAGGGAACUAGGAGGAAAGUGCUAGGUGGUUUUUUUUGUUUGUUUGUUUGUUUUUUUUAGGAUCUGGGGUCAGGGAGACAGCUCCUCUCUUCUGAUACAAGGUUAAUGUCUCUUGCCAGUGUGUGAUAUUGGCAUCUCCCUGCCACAGCUGUCCUGGUGAUGACUUCGGAUUUUCCAUCUACAUACAUGGCAAGAAACACCUUAGACCUCAGCUAAGUCCCUAGCUCCUCUAGAUGUUUUUAUAUUAGAAUUUUCACAUAUACAUAUGUGCAUGAUAGACACACAUGUACACAUCUGUCUUCCUGCUCUACUUUGUUACCUGACUUUCCCCCUGAACCCUGUCUCUCUCUCUCUCUCUCUCUCCCCCCCCCUCUCUCUUCCUCUCUCUCUCUCUCUCUCACACACACACACACACACACACACACACACACGCACUGUUCAGGAGAUGAUAGUUGUCAUCUACCAGAGUCCAUUGUCUCCUGAUAUUGUAGUCUCUGGGUGAGUUGGAGGAGAACCAAGAGGUGAGAAGCAGAGGGAUUGCAGAAGACUCCUUUCUCUGUGACUCGGGUCCUUUUGGGCAUUAUUGCAAAGGCCAGUCCUCUGACUCCUGAUAGCUUCUUUCCAGACCAGGUGUAAAUUGGGGUGGGGGUGUCUACAGCUGUGAGGGCCAGAUGCUGCUGCUCCUGCUGGGCUUUUCCUUUGGGGAAAAUAUUUCUCUUAUUUAUAGUAUUGUGCUUCCAGGGAAAGCAGUCACUUAUAUGUAUAUGUGUGUGCAUUGCACACACAGGCAUGUACCCAUUGUGUGUAUGUGGAGAUCUGCUGGGCAAGUCUAAACCAUAGAAGAAUUGCCUCCUAUCUCUUGAAUCUUCAGAGAUGUCCCCUACUUUUUUAUUCUACCACUACUGGAGAGUCAGUAUCUGCAGUCAGCCUGCCAGUGAUUCUCAGUAUCUGUUUCUGACUUAUUCUUCCCCUGUCUCUGUCUUCCAAUGCCUAAUCAUAUUUCCACCUGGUUGCAUCAUUUUUACUCCCAACAUGCUAUAUAGAGAAGGAGUCAGGAUGCCGUCUUCCCAUGAAUAGUACUCAGUAACAAACCAAUUGCAUUUUAGUUGGGCGAUGCCCCAACCCACCCUCCAGAUCCCUUCCACCAUGCGUUUCUGUUUCCCUUUUCGUUUGUUGAAUUGUUCUGCUGCCCCUCCUCCUCACCCUACCACCCUUGGAUCGUAAUGUAAAAUUCUUUUACCAUGUCAAGAAAUUAUUAAAAAAUACAGGUACUUUGACCUCUUUCUAAAGGCGCAGACCCUGGUGCGAUGCUCUGGUGGCUAGGGACAUACACAUAUUUGUGUGUGCACAUUAGGGCACACACCUCCACAUAUACCACCAGCUAUCCUAUUGGGUGUCUUGAUACUAAUUGAGCUUCCUCUUUUCUCUGGAAUAAUGGAAAGGUUGAGGUUUCUGUCUACCAAGAGGCAAGGGUGGGUCCUUCAUUUGUGUUCGGUCUGAAUUAUGUGGAAGAUAGCUCCUUUCCAAAUCUAAGCUGCCUUCUGUCCCAACCCUCAACAAGAUCCCAGUUCCUCACUUCCUUCCUUCCCCAGUGAUACCCAUGAAUUGCCAGUAGAGGCUGCUCUAGUUCUGAGUGGAGAAUCACCUGGUUCAAGGCACACCCUACCCUGUCAUUUUCUUUACCUUAUACUAAUUCUCCCUUCUGAAUAAUGUCUUAAAUUUCUCGAGGAGAUGCCGAGGGACUCCUGAUUUUGAUUUCAAAUGACUUGGAGGGCUGUCCAGGACACUACCUCCCUCUGAAAUAAAGUUUCCUCAACUUUCA